AUGUGCCGGUUUUUGGUCUACAAAGGCAGCGACGAGAUCCUGCUGUCGAAGCUCAUCCUCGAUCCGACCCAUUCGAUUCUUAAGCAGUCCUUUGAUUCACGGUUGCGACUGGACACGCGACGAGGCCAGAACAAUGCAGACGGCUUUGGCAUAGGCUUCUAUACUGAUCUCAAGCUCGGCUCGGCCCCCUGCCUCUUCACAUCGACGAUUCCCGCGUGGAACUGCACAAAUCUUCAGCGCAUCGCGUCCAAGACGGCGUCUCGACUCAUAUUCGGCCAUGUGCGCGCAACGACCGAGGGCUCCCUCAGCGAGGACAACUGCCAUCCCUUUACACACGGUAGCCUCAUGUGGAUGCACAAUGGCGGCCUCGGCGGCUGGAAACACAUCAAACGGCGGCUUGGAAGCCUGUUGGCAGACAAAUGGUAUCUGGGCGUCAAGGGAGGCACCGACAGCGAAUGGGCAUUCGCCCUGUUUCUGAAUACUCUCGAGCAGUCGGGCCACGAUCCGAGCGCUUGCCCGCCCGGCGGAUUUGGACCGACGGUGUUGCGAGAGGUCAUGAAGAAGACAAUUGCCCAGAUCAACGAACUAACAGACUCCAUUCCGCAAAGCAUCCUGCAAAACGAAGACGUCGACACCAGAAGCUUAUUGAACUUUGCCGUGACAGACGGCCAUAGCGUCAUCUGCACACGCUACAUCAGCAGCUCCAAGGACGAGGCCGCCAGCUUGUACUAUUCGUCCGGAACACAAUGGGUUACGAGGACUUCCUUGCCAGAUGAUAGGCAGUACCAGAUGGACAGAAAGGACAAGGGAGGCGACAUUGUCCUAGUCGCCAGCGAGCCCUUGACGUUUGAAAGAGAAAACUGGGUCAAUGUACCAACCAACUCAAUACUGACCAUCCACCACCAAACCGUCAUGGUUCACCCCAUUCUAGACAAAUACUACGAAGGGGAUCCGUAUCACAUUCGUUCCAGCGCCUUUGUUCAAGAAAAGGGCCUCAUUACCAACGAAAAGACAUCCAGCGGCUCUCAAAGCCCAGCUAGCAUCGACGGUAUACGAAAGACCACCGCUCAGUCACUCAUGACUGGUGGUCUCAGCCCUGAUCUUGUGCGCCGAUCGCUCACGCCAGUCUCUUCCCGAGAGUCACGACUCACUUCUCAACUUCAGACAGCACGACAUCUAGCUUCGCCACCACGAUCUUAA